AUGGCAAUUCGAGCACUCCGGCAUGCAGACCGGGCCUUGAUCAGCCUAUGCCCAUCCCCAUACCUAGGAAUCCACGCCGCCUCAAAUGGGCGUUCACAGCUUCAGAGUGCUCUCCUAAGAACAGCACCUCUCCGUACCGUCAGGACCUCCACGAUUGCCAGUCAACUUAAUGCUCCUAAUAAUAACAAGCCACCCUCUGCCCCAGCUGCUCCCAAACCCACUACACCAGCUCAAGCUCCUCCACCCCCAAAAAACCCUCUAACCGUGCAAAACAUCUCCAAAAACGGCCUCGACGACAAGCCCCCGGAGCUAGAUCUCGACGCCAACGGCAGCCCAACGCCCAAUGGACACGUAGACUGGACACGAUCUUACCACGGCCUCAGCGCCGAACCCUUCUCCAAGGAAGCAGCUAACAUCCUUUUGCAAGCCCUCGACCCGUCGGACGUCGAAAUUAAGCCCGACGGAAUCGUGUACCUUCCGGAAAUCAAGUACAGGCGGAUCCUGAACAAGGCGUUUGGUCCUGGAGGAUGGGGCUUGGUGCCGCGGAGUGAGAGUAUAGUCACGCCGAAGACGGUGACGAGGGAGUAUGCCCUUGUUGCACAUGGGCGCCUCGUAUCUAUUGCGCGUGGCGAACAGGACUAUUUCAACCCCGACGGAAUACCCACAGCCACGGAAGGUUGUAAAUCCAACGCUAUGAUGCGCUGCUGCAAGGAUUUGGGCGUGGCUAGCGAGCUGUGGGAUCCGCGCUGGAUUCGCAAAUUCAAAGCCCAGUAUGCGAAGGAAAUUUUUGUCGAGCAUCAAGUGACCAAACGAAAGUCGAAGAUUUGGCUCAGGAAAGACGAUGAUGUAUCGUAUCCUUGGAAGGCAACGAGAUAGGGGGAUGACAAACGAUUGGGAGCUGGAUUCUUUGAGAUCCUUGAGGCAGGAAUAUCGAAGAAGGAACAGUGUGUUGAAAGUAUGCUUUUAUCUCUUCGGACGCGGCUCUCUCUUGGAUUGGAAGCUGAAGAAUAUUACGAAGACCAUUCACAUACAAACGACAGGCCGCGGCAUUUACUGUACUAUAUCUCUGGAAUAUUUGGUGGCGUAUGGGAAGUUAAGAGAGAGUGUUACGACAGCAACUUAAGAUUGUCGUGGAUAAAGAAUCAGGAGUUCUCUGUGAUCAAG